ACCACACAUUGGAGCGACUGAGCUGAGUGGAUGAUAUCUGUAGUUGUGCACACAUUUGACCAUAGGCUAUAUAACGAAUUGGGGCUCUCUCCAAGGAAGCUAAAUUGGAGGACGAGGGCGUGUUGGUUUUCUUUUUCUGCAGUAUUGGUAAGAGAACGGAAUAUAUUAGGGUCUGUUUCAAGGACUCGAGCAGCAUGUCGGAGUUACUGGUGAAUCUACUCGGGGAGCGGCUCGUCAACAGCGAGAAAGCCGAGGUGGAUGUACAGGCGCUGGGCAGCAAGCUGUCCCUGGUCGGGCUCUACUUCGGCUGCAGUUUAAACGGUCCCUGUAAGCAGUUCAACGCCAGUCUGUGUGAGUUUUAUAGCAAGUUCAAAAAAUCAUCUGAACAUAAAGACAAAUUGGAAAUCGUCUUCGUCUCAUCUGAUCAGGACCAGAAACAUUGGCAAGACUUUUUACAGGAGAUGCAAUGGCCGGCAUUGCCUUUCAAAGAUAGACACAAAAAGAUGAAGCUGUGGAACAAGUACAAGGUGACCAGUAUUCCCUCGCUGGUGUUUGUGGAUGCAGCCACAGGGAAGGUGUUGUGUCGGAACGGACUACUGGUGGUGAGAGAUGACCCCAAAGGCCUGGAGUUCCCCUGGGGGCCCAAGCCCUUUGCAGAGGUGGUGGCCGGCCCUCUGCUCAGGAACAACAGGCAGACGACAGACAUCAGCUCAUUGGAGGGCCACUAUGUGGGAGUGUACUUCUCAGCACACUGGUGCCCUCCAUGCCGCAGUCUGACUCGGGUGCUGGUAGAAUCAUAUCGCACUGUGAAGGAAUCGGGUCAGAAGUUUGAGAUGGUGUUCGUCAGCGCUGACAGGUCGGAGGAGUCCUUUCAGCAGUACUUCAGUGAGAUGCCUUGGUUGGCAGUCCCAUACUCAGACGAGGCCCGACGAUCACGACUCAACAGACUCUUCGGAAUACAAGGUAUUCCCACCCUUAUUCUGCUGGACACGGAAGGUCACAUGAUCACGCGACAGGGCCGUGUGGAGGUGCUGAAUGACCCAGAGUGUCGGCUCUUCCCCUGGCACCCCAGGCCCGUACUGGAGCUCAGCGAGUCCAACGCCGUGCAGCUCCACGAGGGGCCCUGCCUCGUGCUCUUUGUGGAUGCGGAGGAGGAGGGAGAGCUGGAGCCGGCGAAGGAGCUGAUCCAGCCAAUCGCAGAGAAGAUCAUGGCUAAGUACAAAGCCAAGGAGGAGGAGACACCACUGCUCUUCUUCGUGGCUGGAGAGGAUGACAUGAGUGACUCCCUGCGUGACUACACCAACCUCCCAGAGGCAGCACCCCUGCUCACCAUCCUGGACAUGUCUGCCCGGGCCAAGUACGUUAAGGACGUGGAGGAGAUCACACCGGCCGUGGUGGAGACCUUUGUCCAAGACUUCCUGGCUGAGAAGCUCAAACCAGAGCCCAUUUAGAGAGCACACCUAGCCUGUGUCCCAAAUGGCAUCCUAUUCCCUAUAUAGUGCACUACUUUUGAAAAGAAAUGCACUAUAUAGGGGACAGGGUGCCAUUUGGGGGACACACCAAGAAACCUACGGGACCGAAACCCAUAACCUCCAUCAAACCCUGACCUCCCAGUUACCACCACCAGCCUCCUCUUCCCCCCUUUCUGUCAGAGGAAGUUCUCACUUUUUACAGACAUUACUUUUUUUUUUUUUAUAUGUCUUUCUCUCAUGGAGUCUUCUCCUUCUCCUGUGGUGCCUUGCAUUGACUACAGCCCCUACAGUAAUAUGGAGAUUCUGUUGCUUUUUGGCUUCCAAUAGCUUUUUUAAAAUCAGUUUCAUUAUUAGCAUUUCUUGAAACUAGAAGAAACCACACAAUGUUGACCCAAUGGACUUGACAUGUCACAAUGUCUCUUUAUUACCUUUGCUGAACCCACAUUGCUUUUGUUUUCCAAAAUGUGCUGAGAAAGAAUAAAAAUGACUGCAACAAAUUUUCUAAGUUCUAUAGUUGUAAUUUACAAAUAUGCAGUGCAGAAAAUGUCCUGAACUUCAGUUUAAUGUAACUGUCUUAUUGUUCUGUUUUAAAGGUGCUGCAUAAAAGUUAAGAUUUCCCUGGUUUAAAAGGUCUGUUCUGUAUUUGGCUUUGUGUGUCAUGGGAUUUCAAAUACUAUUCACUUGUCUUGUUCUACAAUGAAGUGAGUGAUAGUCAGCUCUACCCAAUUGUUAAGUUUCCAUCUCAACCACCAUGACAUUUAAGAGGAUUUUCUGUGAAGAUCCCAUCUAUUGAAAAGGCCAGAUAUUUUUGAAGGCACAAAAAUGGCAUUAAAAUCGACCUUAGCAACUAAGUGUUGUAAGUAUGAAUUCACAUUUGUCACUCCCUGGUUGUCUCUAGUUAUGACUUCACAGCCAUUAAAAUUCACUGUUAAGCACAAUUGUCUUAUGUUGUCAACUUCCUCUAUCCAUGAGGCCAGUUUCAUUCCAUUGGGAGCAAAUGUAUUUUAGACAGUAUUAGCUUGGUAUCACUUCUACAUGUGUGCAUUAUUUAUAUAUAAUGACUCCAGAAAUGUAGUUUCCAUUUAUAUUUCUAAUUUUAAAAAACAAAAUCAAGUG